UAAUGAUUUGUUGAUAAUUAUUCUCAUCAUUGUUCAUUAAUGUUCUUUAUGGAAACAGAAAACUUUUUUUUAUCUUUAUGAUAAGCUCGAUUAUGUAUAUCUAUAUAUGCUUAAGUAACCAUUGUCAUUUGAUCUUUGAUUUUCCAUUUGUUUUUUUUAUGAUAAUGUUCUUUUUUUUUAUUUUUCUUAUAAUAACCUUUGCCUUUAUAUUCUAACUGUUGAAUUAAUUUAAUUUGAAAUGUUGAUAUUUUUAUAAAAGAAAUUCAUUCCAAUCAACCAAAUGCAAGGAAAAAUGUUAGGCUUAUUCUUGUUACUAAUAGUUUCGCCUAUAAAUUCAUUAUUAGCUCAAUCGAAUGAUGAAUGUACAAGUUUUCAGAAAUCAGCAUUAAAUAAUAUACUUUUGAUUGGAUUGAUCAAUAAUGAACAAUUAUUAUUGAUAACAGUUAAUUCUAAAUUAUAUCUAAUUUCCUACAAUGAAGAUCCAAAAUCUGGUGAUGUUAAUGUCAAUCUUAAAUCAAAUUCACCAACAAUUCUGGAUAAUUAUUAUCCACAGUUAGUAAACGAUGUUCGAUUCAAACGAGCAUUGGCACAGAAUUCAAUACAACAUACAUUCAUUUUUUUCUGGCGUACACGUUUACGUAUGGUAUUCAUUGGUGAUGACACGAUUGAAUAUUAUCCCGAAUGGUCCGAAGUACAUAACAAUAGAUUUCGUUUGCCAUCAAUUGAAACAAUACCAUUAUCAAGCUAUGAUAAAGAAGGAAAAAUUCUUUACAUGCUUAAUGUAAAAUCAACCGAAUUAAAAAUACAAGCCAUUUAUCUCGAUUCAUUUCCAUGCGAUAUAUUUGAUAUGGAAAAUAUUUUAUCCAAUCCACAAUAUCGUUAUAUUUGUUAUAGUGGUGAUAAAAAUUUUAUGUACAUUGAAACAUCCGUAGAAAAACGAUGUUCAUCACCAGUUAAACUAUUGGUUCGAAUAGGUUUUAUUUCUAAAAUAAAUGUCUAUCUCAUCACAGAAAGAUAUGUAUAUUUCUUUUCACGACAAGCCCUAAUAAAUACAGGUAAAAAUUAUCAUUUCUACAAGAUAUUGACCACAUCGUUUUUUCAAUGUCAAGAAAAAGAACAAUCAACUAUCGAAGAGGUGAACGAUGAUGAGCCCGUUUACGAGGAUCAUUGGAAACCACAAAUGAAUAAUAAACAUAAAAAAACUGAAGACAAUAAAUCCAGUGAAUUCAAUUUGAAUUAUUUAUGGAUUAUUUUGGUUGUAGUUGCUUUUCUUUUUCUAAUCGUUAUUUUCUACCUACAUCUUUCAAUUCGUAAACGAAAAAGAUCUCCAAAGAGAAAUUAUGGACAAAGAGCAUCAAGCUCAAUAGUAUCGAAUAUCUCAUCAUCUAGAGUAUUAUCUCAACAAAGUAUGGGAUCACGACAAUCAUCAUCAAUAAUGAGUAGAUUUUUAACAAGUAGAGGUGGAGGCUCAAGAAGAUCACCAUCAACUUCAAGAGCAUCUACGCUGAGAAAUGGAUGGGGAUGGCGAACUACACAAAGAGCAGCAACGAUAUCACCAACAUCAUCACAACAACCGAGUACUUUCAGAACAAGAAGAAUGUCGAUUAGAAAUUAAAAAAAAAUUAUAUUUUAUAAUGUAAUAGCUUUUAAUAGUUAAAAUUUAUUCAUUAGAGAAUUAAAGAUAAACAUAAUGAUGACGAAAAAAAGACGAUCACUGAAUCGAUUAAGUGAUUUUUCAAAGAUUCAACGAUUGCAAUGGCUAGUUUAAGAUUUGAAUUUUGCAAACGUAUCUUGUGAUGACAGAAUCGAUGAAAUCAAAUUGCAGGCCAUUAUAGAGAGAAAGGAUUGAUUGCUUAUAACAGUCAUUCUCAACCACUGUGCCGCGGCACUUUUGUGUGCCGCGAAAUUCUAAGAUUGUGCCGCCAAAUUUUAGAUUUAAUAAAAUGAAAAUAUUUUUUGUUUUGAUACAUUUGAA